AUGCAACCUUCUAUGUGCUGUCUCCUCUAUUACUUUAUCUCUUCCCCAGUGGGGCAAUUUCCUGUUUAUAAAUUCCAGAAUCAAAUCCUCCCUCGACCCCUUUCCCUUCCCAUCUUAAUUUCCCUGUAAAAUUUUGCAACUUUCUCUCUGUUUCCAAAUCUCUCUGUUCAUUCUCAAAACCCAACAUCUUUGGAUUUCCAGAUGUUUGAGAUCACUCAUGUCUCCUGUAAUCAGUGAAAUCCUCCUUUCUGGUUUUAUGAUCAAUUCCACCCUUCGGCGCAGGACCCAUCUUGUUCAAUCUUUCUCUGUUGUUUUCCUCUACUGGUUCUACGUUUUCUCAUAAACUCCCACUUCCUCUGCUUUAAUCUCCUAUAGUAUUUCUUAUAUAAUCCCAAUCCCAAGUUUUUUUUUUUUUUUUUUAAAUAAUUAUCCCCUGGGUCCUGUGCUUUGUCCCUUUUUCUUAAGCAUAAUCUAGUUGUUGUUGUUGUUGUUGUUGUCGUUGUUUUUUUUUUUUUUUUUUUGGGUUAUUAUGGUUUCUUCUAGUACUUCAGCUUCAAGCAUGAUGAAAAGCUCGUCGAGUUCAGAUGAGGAUUUGCAGCAGGUUAUGGAACAGAGGAAGCGCAAAAGAAUGCAAUCAAACAGGGAAUCCGCACGACGGUCCAGGAUGAGGAAACAGAAGCAUCUAGAUGAUCUGAUGGCUCAGGUAUCGGAGCUCACCAGAGAGAACAACCAGAUCAGAACUAGAUUGAACAUCACUUCACAACUUUACUUGAACCUCGAGGCAGAGAACUCUAUUCUUCGAGCUCAGAUGGUUGAGCUCAGCACCAGGUUGCAAUCUCUCAAUGAAAUCACUGAUUUCAUAAACACAAGCAGUGGAGUUCUGUUUCGAGAUGAUCAUCAGCUAAGUGAUGAAGGCUUCAUCGAUCCAUGGGGCAGUGCUGCUUCCUUCUGUGAUAAUCAACCCAUCAUGGCUUCUGCUGAGAUGAUUAUGUAUUAAUUCGAUAGUCUCUGUUCUGAAGUUGGGGAAAUUAAUUCAUAUUGCACGUUAAGAUGAUGUAAUUAUCAGGUAGGAUGAAGUUUGCAAUUGUGUGCUUGAUCUGUAAGAAAAGUUGCAAGGGCUUUCCGGUUACUGUUUAUUAGUGAUAAAAUAAAGAAUAUUUUUUUAA